AUGUUUCUUCGAUCAACAAUUUGUGCUUUGGUUAGCGCCGGUGUCCUCUUCUGUCAGCUCGCAUUGGCUACUCGUUCUGCGCCAGAGCUGGCCAGCGAGCCAAAUUCUGUAGACAUACCGCAAGUUCAAAAUGACUUCUAUGAUGAUUUUCAGCUCCGAAAACAUAUUGACACACUUUCCGGAAAGCUUUCACAGCUUCGAGUGACCGGAUCUGUCUCAGGGCACAGUUUGCCGCCUGCUUUUCGCCCAUUUGCAGCAAGAAAUCUCCACGAGAUCCUCCAGAGUCAAAGCCACCUAAAGCAUCUCCUCCACCUUGGCACCUCUGAUCCUCAUCAGGAAUACGCGUUUCUGUUUCCGUACGAUCGCACUCAAGAAGUCCUUGCUGUGAGGCAGGAUCCACAUAUCGCCCAUUUCGGCUUGAUUACAGUCGCUCGAGGCAAUCCAGCCACAAUUAAAUUGAAAGGUUUCGUUCGCAUGGAAGGCGUCGAGAACCGAAACUUGCUUGCACAUGCCAUUCAAGGAGCAGAUGGAUGGCCUGGUAGUGGCUUGCCUUUCUCACACGAUCUUGACUCCCUUUUGCAGGGUCGAAUCCAUGGCUUUUGA